UGCGGACAGGAGGACAUGGCGGCGCUCGGACGGGUGUCCCGCCUGCUGCUCGGCGCCGCCGCCCCGCGCUCCCUGCCGGGGCGCGGCUUGGCGGCGGCCGCCGCACACGAGGAGGGCGGAGCCCGCUUGUGGAAGACGCUGACGUUCGUGGUGGCACUGCCCGGCGUGGCCGUGUGCAUGCUCAACUGCUACCUGAAGGCGCAGCACGAGCACGAGCACGAGCGGCCCGAGUUCGUGCCCUACUCGCACCUCCGCAUCCGGACCAAGCGUUUCCCCUGGGGUGAUGGGAAUAAAACUCUGUUUCACAACCCCCACGUUAACCCUCUCCCAACUGGUUAUGAAGAUUAAAACCAAGAUCCUGCCAACAGCCAGAACUUUGGCUCUCCCCGUCCUGAACCAGAAUGUCGAGUGGGAGCCAUCAUUUCUGGGGUCAUAGUUUCAGAAACUCUGUGUUUCUUCUGUGAUGAAGCUGAGUGGUGUUGUGGCCCAGUGUGUACCUGUGAUGGGGCCCUUUAAAUAAACAACUCUGAACGUGAA